AUGCGAUGCGCGAGCAAGGCCGCCGAGAGCGCGUUCGCACGUCUCUGUGCGGACGCCGAAGCAGAAACCACAGCAACUGAUGUCUCAUCGGUUGCUAAAGCGACUCCGCCUGUGUCACUUGGUGAUGCAGGCGCUGGUCAUGAAGACACUCAUGUCUUCACAGAGUAUGAGCUCGGAGUCUCAUACUCUCCUGAUACGGAAGACGGAUCCGUAUCGACGGCGAUCGAAUCCAAGCCGCCUGCCAAGCGCGGCAUGGAUGAUGCUAUGCGUCGUAGCAUAUUUGGUUCAUCUGAUGAAUCAGAUGAACAAUCGCCGAAGCGAAGGCGCUCGAAGUCGCAAGACUCGGGCGCUCACAGUGGUGUCGUUUCUCCUAUGGACACCACUUCGCAACGAGGUGCCAGUCCUUCCGUCGACACGUCGCAGGAAGAGCGGGACCGCAAUGUGUUGCGUCUCGAUCCCGAGAAGAAGGCAUGGAUGCCUCUAAAAUCCGUCAUGGAUUACUUGUCGGCGAAGACGAGUGAUCGUUAUCGAACACGGUUGUUCGUUUCGUCAAGGAUCCAUCACCUUGACCCCAGCGCGAAAGACUAUCGCGCUGAACAUGAGUUCUUCAUCGAUGCUUUCUUUAGACAUCGAUGGUACAGUGGGAAUCACAAACGUGAUGGUCCCUCACUACUUCAGGCGUGGAACGCCUACAUCCAUAAUCUCGAGGAUGUAGGUCGUGACGCUUGGAACGACAAACUUAUCAAAGCUCGUGAUAAGUUUGAAAAGCGAACCCCGACAGGUGCACGCUACAAGCUGCAUCGUUUGUCAAGGGAGAAAGGAUUACCCUGCCUCUCUUGGGGAGACUCGUGCCCAUGUUGUGUGAACAACUCUGCACGAGCACCUGAAGAGGCUUACCUCCCUAAUAGCCCGUGGUGGCGCGUACGUAUCUCUAGUGAGAUGUACGAAGGGAUUGACAACCUGAAAUCCCUUUACGGCCGUGCCGGGAAGACUUUCUCCGGCGGUCCUUCUGCGGCACAGGAUGUGCCGCGUCGUACUGCUCAACCAGACCCAGUACGUCAAUCAUCAGUUGGGAGCGGGGCUCCCAAGAAUCCCAGGACGGGGGAUAGCCGCGCCACCGGACGAGAUAACUCGUCUGACGUCCGUUCACGUCGCGGUGGUUCAACAGCUGCUCAACUAGAUAGCGCUGGCCACCGCGAGAGUCCUCUAAUGGAGGUGGAGGAGGAGGAAAGACACUCUCACACAAUCGUGGGGAUCCGUGUGUUCCCGAUAGCUUCUUUGAUCGCGUAA